UGUAAAUAAUAGCAUUUUCAGAAUUCAUUCUAAUAAAAUCACAAAGGAGAUAUUUAGACGAUUUGAUAAAAGUUUUUAAUUAAAUAAAAUGAAAGUUAAUAUAAAGUGGAGUAUUUGUCGAAUAUGUUUGGAAGAAGUUGAAAAUGAAGGAAAAUCAAUAUUUGAUUACGAUGAAGAUAAACAGGAAAUUUGCGCAAAAAUCAGAGAAUGUGGCGGAAUAAAUAUAUAUAGAAAAUCAAACUUACCAAGUAUAAUAUGUAAUACUUGCUUAUUGCACUUGAAUAUAGCUUACCGCUUUCGAAGUGUUUGUCAAAGUUCUGAUGAAAAAUUACAAACAUUUCUUGAUAAAACCGAAGUUUUGAAUAAAAAGAUAACCCCUGAUUGUUCAUUUUUAGAAGUUGACGAUUUAAUUUUAAAUCAGAGCAAUGAGAUUUUUGAAAAUGAUGAUGAACAAUAUUUUGUAUACUAUGCUGAUCCCGAAGAAAUUGAUGAUAAUCCCUUAGCACAAGAUCCAACAAAGAACUCAUCAGAUUCUUUACCACAUUUCAAACAAGAAUAUACUUUAGAUGAAGAAUACAUAAUUGAAACCGAAGAUGAUCCUAAAAAUGCAAAUUUACUUACAACUACUAAAGAUGAGGAAACAUAUGAACUAAAUGUUAGUUUAGAAAGUGAUAGCAAGGACAUUGAUAACAUUUAUGAUGAAAAAAAUGUAAAUAUUUUAACUCUUGAAAGUAAAACAGAGGAAAUUUUGGAAAAAAAUGAUUCCAUAGUAGAAGAAUCAACAGAAGAAGUUAAAAUAAGGAGGAAGAAGAGAGGUGCAAGUGGCGUGGACCAACAAAAAUAUGUUUGUGACGUAUGUGGAAACCAAUACGAUCGUAAAUAUACUUUGCAGCAGCAUAUGAAAUGGCAUUCAGAUGACAAACCCUUUGCCUGCGAACUAUGUGGAAAGGCAUUUGUGACAGAAUAUCAAAUUCAUCGCCACAUGAGAGUUCAUACAGGGGAAAAACCAUACAAAUGUCAAUAUUGUGAACGUAAAUUUUCAGAUGCCUCGUCUAGAAUGAAACAUGAGAGAAUUCAUACAAAUGUGCGACCAUUUAAAUGUGAUGUAUGUGAUAAAUCUUUUAAUUACAGUGAUGUCCUACGUGUACAUAAAAUGACGCACUCUGGAGAAAAGCCUUAUGCUUGUGAAUUAUGCGGCAAAAGAUUCUCCCAAAUGCAUCAUCUCAAAGCUCAUUUACAAACUCUUUCGCACAAAGCAUUAGCAGAGAGUGGGGCAUAUUAAAUAUCAAUGUUCUUAUUUUACAUAUAAGAAUAUAAAUUUUAGUUUUAAUGUAAAGUAUUCAAUAUUUGAUUAAAUUUCGUAUUGCCAGGAUUUCUCCAAAUCUCAGUCUAUAAAUACUGAUUUUUUGGUAAAAUAAAUAUUACUCUUUUAUGCUGAAAGAUGUCAGGCUAAAAAAUAAGAAAGUAAAGCAACAAAUCGAAAUUACUUCGUGAUUUGAUUGGUUACAUAUAUUUUUAGUUAACCUUAGUAAUUUAUGCUUAUGUUAAUCUAUAGUACAUUUUGUAUUUUAGUAAUUUUCUGAAACAAUUAUAAUUACCAAUUAAAAAUAAAAAUGUAAAUGUUCAUUUUCUAGCUUUUAUAAGUUUCAAAUUCAGU